CUCGGCUCCGAGCGCUACGCUGAAAACUUUCGGCCGGUCGGCCCGCGCCUACGGGAUGGAGAAACGUAAAAUCAUAUAAAACUUUUCCGCGGUGCGCGCCGUCUGACUCGCUUCAAUUCUUCUUGUCUAAUUGGAUAGUCUCGGACACGGCUCGAUCGCUUCUGCUUAUUUUUAAGUUGUACAAGUUUCCUCUUCAAGUUGACUGUGGCGAAAAGUGAACUGUUGCGGUUUUCGCCGGCCGCUUUUAUAAUAGUGUGGACGUUCUGUGUUGUGUUCACUUGCUUUGUUUUUCUUUGCUCGAGUGGUGGCUGGCGGUGGCCCGCGCUGGUGGUGGGAAUCGAUACUGCGGUGGGAGCGGCGAAGAUAGUUGGAGAGACAUGUUGUGGCGGACACCGAGGACGAGGGCGGGUUGAUCCACAUCUCCACAUGCCGACAGAGCUCUGCAGUCAGCAGAAAGAUGUCCUAAUAUGGGUUGGUCAUGCGUCGUGGCACGCGCUGUGGCUAUCUUCCUCAUGCUCAGCCGAGCGUCAGCACUCACAUCAGACAUAUUUGCAGCGGGGAAGUCGGACAAAGAGAUACUGGACAACCUUCUGAAAAACUCCCGCUAUGACAAAAGACUGUUGCCACCAGUAGAUGAUCCAGAAUUCUGUUGUGGUCUAACUUCGCCCAACGACUCUCUGGCACAAAAUAAUGUGGGGCUCUCGUCUCUGCGGCCUCGCUCGCACAAUCGUGGUGUCCUCACCGUAAAUGUAAGCGUACUACUUCUUAGCUUAGCCUCUCCGGAUGAAUCUAGUCUUAAAUACGAAGUGGAAUUCUUACUUCAGCAGCAGUGGUACGACCCUCGACUGCGCUAUUCCAACCAGUCUCAUUACGACUUCCUAAACGCCAUCCAUCAUCACGAAGACAUCUGGUUGCCGGAUACGUAUUUCAUCAUGCACGGUGACUUUAAGGAGUUUUCCCAGCACUCAUGGGACCCGAUUAUACCAAUGCAUUUCGCUUUGCGUAUAUAUCGCAAUGGUACUAUAAACUACUUGAUGCGGCGGCAUCUUAUCCUGUCUUGUCAGGGGCGGCUCAACAUCUUUCCUUUUGAUGACCCAUUGUGUUCAUUUGCCUUAGAAAGUAUAUCGUACGAGCAGUCAGCCAUAACUUACGUGUGGAAGAACGACGAGGACACGCUACGCAAGUCGCCGUCGCUAACGACACUCAAUGCGUACCUCAUCCAGAACCAAACCAUUCCCUGCCCUAUCAAAGCCAGUUGGAGAGCUGAGGGUAAUUCACUUUACGAGGAAGACGAAGAGAUGACAUGUAAUCUUUGCCAGAGACGCUUUGAGGAGCAAGGUAACUACAGCUGUCUAAAGGUCGACUUAAUAUUUACUAGAGACCGAGCGUUCUACUUUACUACAGUAUUUAUCCCUGGAAUAAUUCUGGUGACUUCCUCCUUCAUCACGUUCUGGCUGGAAUGGAACGCAGUACCAGCCCGUUCCAUGAUAGGUAAUUACAGCUGUCUCAAAGUGGAUCUUAUCUUCACGCGGGAUAGAUCAUUUUACUUCACCACAGUUUUCAUUCCGGGGAUCAUUUUGGUGACUUCAUCGUUUAUUACUUUUUGGCUGGAAUGGAAUGCAGUGCCUGCUAGAGUAAUGAUAGGUGUAACAACAAUGUUGAAUUUUUUCACUACAUCGAACGGAUUCAGAUCGACACUGCCGGUCGUGUCGAACCUGACGGCGAUGAACGUGUGGGACGGCGUGUGCAUGUGUUUUAUCUAUGCGUCGUUACUAGAGUUCGUGUGCGUCAACUACGUGGGGAGGAAGCGACCCCUACACAAUGUCGUCUACCGACCCGGAGAGAAUCCGGUCACACAGCGACUGCCUGCAGUCCUCAGCAGAAUUGGCAUUAUACUGGCCAGCCCCUUGGAGGCGAUGGCUUUCCUCCAAAGGGCUAGACAAGAGAUGCCCCAAGCGGAGACUAGCGGCGCUGGAGAUAAAAAGCGUGAGUCAACAGGAGGAGCUGACCUUGUGUCGUGCACAGCGUGUACAGGCCCGGGUGCCUGCACUCACACCGCCAACAACGGCGGAGUGUCGGAGCCAUGUUUCGUCCAGGUUCGCAAAAAAGAACCGCCGCACCCGAUCCGCGUGGCGAAGACGAUCGACGUGAUCGCGCGGAUCACGUUCCCCACUGCCUACGCCGUGUUUCUCAUCUUCUUCUUCAUUCACUAUAAGGCGUUCUCUUAAUGCUGCCUCCACUUACCGCUGUCGCUGGCCGCUUCGUGUGAACGGACAUUUACUGUGUUUUCUACUAUUCUUUACUGCGACACAAAUAUGUAUGAGAUUAAGCUACUCACUCUAUUAUUAUACAUAUUUGAUGAUUGUCAACGGUCGAUAAGAAUUGUGAUUAUACCCGUUUAUAGUGAUCGUACUGUUAAGGUAAUUAUAGUUUAAGAGACUUGAAGCAGGAAGCUAACGUCGCGGCUUUCCAUAAUUUGACGUCAAUCAAUUGAGGAGUGCGAUUUUUCUACAGGUUUUGAAAUAGUUUUCUACGAGUUCAUUGACGGACGUUUAUAAUGUAAUUGUCUACGCGUAGAUUUACUUUCUUGUGAAUACACGAAAACUUAUGAUAGGAUAAAGAGGGAUCAACUUAUGUAAUUGUAUGAAAAUUCUUGUAUCAACGUGAUUCGGACAUCGGAUUUUGUAUGAAUUUAGGGAGAUGAUCUAGUGGAGUUUAUAAGGAGAGCUGCCUUCAAUGUGCAGGAAACAAGAAAUCUAUUUCAAACCUAAAGACAGACCUAGCGUAUUUAUUGCUUUUAAGUUAUUAUUAUAUUAGUAAGAUAGCAAAAGACAUGAUUACUUUUUAUAUUUAUUAUUAGAGGAUAGUCACCAUAGAGAAUAGUUUGUCCAAACCAACACCUACAUAUGUUGUGAUAAUUAUAAUAAUGUUUACUUAUUGCUUUGUAAAGGUGAGACGUAGAAUAUGAUCGCCGUAUCAUUUGAAGUAAAGUGAUUAAGUUUCGAAAUAAUUAUAAUUCGGAGUAUUGUAAAAAUAGCUGUAGAUGCAUAGAUGAAGCUCAAGUCAUUAUUAUCUUUAAAUUCUAAUAUAAAUGUAUUGUACCAAUGAGUUCACGCUAUUCCAAACGAGAGCACGUUGGUGUACGCCGACUGUGUUGAUAUUGUACCAUGAACAUGCCUUCUACAUGUGAAAGAAUUAUUUUUGCCUGAUAUUAUAUUAGUGGUUAAUACAGAAAUUGAUAACGCCGGCUGUAAAUAAUAAUGGAAUAAAGUUACACCUAUCAAUACGUAAGGAAGUACCCUAAUGGAAUAUUAUAUUGUAACGAGAUACGUGUGUAAAGUAUCGAGAAUAUUGUGCUGUGAGACCAUACCGUCACUUUAUUUGUUGCGUAAGUAGUCACACGUUAAGGUAUUUGUAAUAUGAAUAAUAUUGUCCUCUAUCAUCACACCCUAGGUAUUACGUAGUGUCCACAAUGCUAGAAGCCGUUAUUUAAGUAAAAUUAUAUCUAUUAAUUAACGAUAACUUUGUCCAAAACCGCAACGCGCUUUAGUUCCCAUAUCUGAGGCCUUAGUACGAAUUUCCUUUACGUUUAAAGUAAUCGUUACGAGUACGCGUUCGGCGCUGUG